GAGGCUCCGCCCCAUCAGUAAUAACAGAUUGACACAGAGAGAGCGCAGCUGCCGACAGAUAUUCUGAUAUUCUUCUUCAGUGAUCGGAGUAAUGGAGGCAGAGAGCGCGGCGCAGAGACGCGCGGAGGUCCGCAGGAGGAAGCUACUGCUGAACUCCGAGCAGCGCAUGAAGAAGAUCGUGGGCUUCAGCCAGAGUGAGCCGGACAGCGCAGCCAGAGUCCUGGAGCCGCGGCUGCAGCUGGAUCUGGACGGGAUGGAGGCCUGCUCCUCGAAGAGGCUGUCUCCGCUGCUGUCGGAGUCUCUGGGGAGCAUCUCGGAUGAAGCGGCGGCAGAUGAGCGCUCGGCGUCUCCUCGCAGGGGUCUGCAGAAGUACCUGUCCCGCUUCGACGACGCCAUGAAGCUGCGAGGACAGCUGUCCGCUGAGAAGCCGGCUCAGGACAGCGGCGGCGAGGAGGAGCUGGACUCGUUCUGUGUCUUCCGGCUCGUCUGCAGCGUCGCUCUGGCUGUCUUCGUGCGCAUCUUCGUCUGCCAGUAUCUGUCCAUCUUCGCACCGUUCCUCACUCUGGAGCUGGGCUUCAUGGGAUUGCACAAAUACUUCCCAAAGGUGGAGAAGAAGAGCCAGACGACGAUGCUGACGGCUGCGCUCCUGCUGUCGGGGAUCCCUGCUGAAGUCAUCAGCCGCUCCAUGGACACCUACAGGAAGAUGAGCGACGUCUUCUCCGACCUCUGCGUCUACUUCUUCAGCUUCAUCACGUGUCACGAGCUGCUGCUGCUCUUCGGCUGCGACGCGUCCUGAGGAUCCAACGCUGCUUCUUCUGUUACCUAUCAGGCCAUGAGACUGCGCAGCUCCUGCAUCUCAGCCGACAUACUGUUCCUCAUUUAAACGUCCUCCUCCAGUCUUAUUUCAUGUAGUGUUCAUCAGUUAUCAUGUUCAUGUUGACCGCUGUGAAACUAGUGAAGGUCUGAGCAGAGAACCCUGAUGCUCUAAUAUCAGGCGAAACUCAUGUCUGCAUCGUAUUUCACGCCAAAAUACAAAGAAAACCAAACCUGUUUUUUGGACCAUUAAAGAAUAAUUCAGCUGAAAGUGUACAUUAGCUGAAAACGUGUUCACCGUCAGACCAUUCAAGAUUAGGAUGAGUUUGUUUCUUCAUCAGGUUUGUAGAA